AUGGCGUUCCCUAAUUGCUGUCUUCCUGAUGAUAAAGGUCUGAUAUUGGGAAUGUGGAAUCCUGCUUCGCUAACCUCCAUCACAGAAAUACCUAGAAACCCCGCCAGUCACUUCGGAAAUGUGUCAAUGUCUUUAAAUCCUUCAGGCGCUCAGAUCAUUAGCAUAUCGUCAGAUCCAGAGAGGAAGAUCGUUUUUGCAGCCAUUGAAUAUUCAAUUUACGCAUUCCAAAACUUUACCAUCUGGCAGAAUGAAACCAUUCCUAUUUCAGUUGUAUACAGAGGGAGGUCUAUCGGAAAUGCCCAGAUUGCAUUUGACUAUGUUUCAAAAAAUUUAUACUGGUGCGAUUCCUUGCUUAAUUGGAUAGCCAUGAAACCAGCAUAUCUCGACAAUACAACGAUAUAUAAAUUGAUUAUCCACAACAAUUUGAAACAACCAGAAGGAUUGGCACUAGAUCCCGAGGCUGGACUGAUGUUCUUUUCCGAUAAUGAUGUGAAUCCACGCAUUGAAAAGGCCUCCAUGAAUGGAGAUAAUAGGACUGUAAUAGUGCACACAGGAUUGAAACGAGUUCUGUCCCUUUCUGUUGAUGUUAUCAAUAGCUUACUGUACUGGGCAGACUAUGGCAGACACACUGUCGAGGUCAGCGACUAUUACGGAUUAAACAGAAAAGUACUGCGACAACCUACUUCGUCUAGCAUAAAGGCAUUUUCAGUUAAUUCUGGAACAACGUCAACAAUAUACAUCGGACUUGAACAACCAACUUCAUUAACAGUUAACUCUCAUAAUGGGUUGUAUUGGGUUGAUGAUUCAAUGAUCAAAAGUUCAUCGACAAAUGGAUCCGAUAUUAAAAGCCACGUCAUCACGUUUGGUGUAACACAGGCAUUUGCAUAUAAGGGUUAUUUAGGCUGGAUAAUGGGGAACAAAAUGUACUUCUCUAGAAAGUCUUCAAAGACUGCAGAGAGAUAUGUAGACAUCGGAGAAAAUAUCAAAGGGGUGGCCAUCUUCGAUUCGUCUCUGCAAGAGGAUAAAAGAGGCAGCUGUCAUUUACUUAAUGGUGGUUGUCAAGAUAUUUGCUUGCCGUUACAAACUGGUCGUGAGUGUGAGUGUGAUUUAGGUCUUAAGCUUCAGCCUGAUUUGAAAACAUGUGAUAGCAAAGCUUACACGUCGAAUUUCAUCGUGGUGUCUGAUUAUUCCCAUGGGAGGAUGCUUCAGAUUAACAUAGACAAAGGUGGUCUCGUAAAGCUGCCUAUAAGUACAGGGAAUUCUGCAGGAAUAACAUUCGAUAAAACUACAAAGGAACUCCUGUAUUGUGAUCGCUCCACGAAGAAUAUAAUGUCUUCUUCACUCCAUGGAGGGAACACCACUCUGGUCUAUGCAACUGGCUUUGUGAAUCCUGAACGUAUGGCGAUUGAUUAUUCAACGGGAAAUAUUUACUACACUGCGGUAGGGUCAACAUCGAGUCAGAGUUAUAUUGGUGUUAUUCAUAGAACUACCUUUCAGCAUAAGACAUUGUUGUCUGACCUUCACAGUCCAAGAGAAAUAGUGGUAUAUCCGUCAAAAGGUUUCUUGUUUUGGACGGAGUUUGGGAAUCUAACUGAAAUAGGAAGAGCAUAUAUGGACGGGUCAUCAAAAACAUAUAUUGCAACAACUGAUAUUGGAUGGCCUAAUGGUCUUGCAAUUGAUUUUAUAUCCGACAGAAUUUACUGGACAGAUGGACAGAAAAACCGCAUUGAAUUCUCAGAUUUAAAUGGAGGAAACAGACGUGUUUUGACAACUGACAAUGAUGCACAUUUGAUGAGCAUUGUGGUUCACGGACAGUAUCUCUAUUAUACCGCGUGGAAUCGGCAACGGAUAACAAAGAUGCACAAAACAACAGGAUCAAAAGUCACCUUUAUGUCAAACAACCCUGAGCUUGGUCGACUUGACAGUCUUGCUAUAUACGCAGACGAUGUAGUUGAUGGUAAUCAGUACCCUCUGAGUUAA